UUCCGAAUUGACGUUUCAUUGGCUAAAAUGAAUGCGGUUUGAAAUCUGGUGAUUUGAUUGGACCAUCAUGUCCGAAUAUAUCCGGAACGACCUUUCCGUCCCAUUCCACGGUGGUUGCCAUGGAAGAGAGCGCCGCCGCGCCAAUGGCCGUCGGCGGCGCGUCCUUGACGCUCGCAUCGUCCACCGCCGAGGAUAAUGGCUCGCUUGAGAGAUGUCCACCUUGUAUUGAACACAAAUACGAUGGAAGCAAAAGUUGCGCCAGUUUGCCAAACCUUGGUGUCAUGAACGGAGCGAGCUCGACAGCGUCCACAAGCACCAGGUCAACGGGUCGGCCAUUGCACCAAUUACUAGGUUCUCGCAAAGCUGGAUGCGAAGGUUUGCGUCGGCGCCAUCGCUGGCAUCAACGAACGCAUGCCACCCGUGGCCAGGCAAGCAGUUCAAGCGCCAGCUCCAGGCUAGAAUCGGGCAGCGAGAGAACAGCCAGCAACAAAGCGCACUGGCUGUGCGUGGCCCCUGUCGGCGCGCUUGCCGGCGACCUUCGAGGGGCCGUCCGAGUGCCACACCAGUUUUUGCAACGCGUUUUUUAUCAUUGCGUUAAUCGUUUUAACGCGUUUUAAAUCCAAUUGACCGUUCUGCCAGUCGACACACCGGCGGCGGCAUCUCUCAUGGGCGGCACGAACAGCAAAGCUCUUUCCCCGCCACGUUCCGAAGCAAUUGCCGACGGUGGCAGCGCGACGUCAAAGGGUUCGUCGUCCAACGAGUUCUCUGCCGUCGAACAAGCCUUGGACAUCACGCUCAACUUGCUCCUGCUCUACGGGACGUAUGUGUGCGCGCAGUACUUGUACAAGUCCUACAAACCCAUGAUCGAAGACAUGUAUCAGUCCAAGGACACGGCAGCAAAGCUCAAGAAGCGGCUCGCGGAAUCGAAGCGCGCGACUAUUACGAUGAACCAUUACGAGUCGAUCAUUGCCGCCGACCUCGUGGACCCCGCCGAUCUCCACGUGACCUUUGCCGACAUUGGAGGACUCGACGCCCAAAAGCGCGAUCUGCAUGAGCUUGUCGUGCUGCCAUUGCAAUGCCCCGACUUCUUUGCCCAGUCCAAGCUCCUCGCAGUUCCCAAAGGCAUUCUUCUGUAUGGCCGACCGGGGACAGGAAAGACCCUUCUCGCAAAGGCGAUCGCGAAGGAGUCGGACGCGUUCUUUAUCAACCUCAAAAUCAGCACCCUCAUGAGCAAGUGGUUUGGCGAGAGCCAGAAGCUGGUCAAGGCCGCAUUCUCCCUCGCCAAGAAGCUCGCGCCAUGCAUCAUCUUCAUCGACGAAGUCGACAGCUUCAUGGGCGCGCGGAACGGCGGUGCGUCCGACCCCACAUACAACUCCAUGAAGACGGAAUUCCUGGCUUUAUGGGACGGAUUUGCCGACAACUCGUCGCCCGACGGCGGAGGAUUCGGCGUGAUCGUCCUCGGCGCGACCAACCGCCCUGCGGACGUAGACGCGGCAUUUCUCCGCCGCAUGCCGCGCACGUUCGAGGUGGAGCUACCCGACGCGACCCAGCGCGAGCAGAUUCUCCGUGUGCAUUUGAAACAUGAAGCGUUGGAUGCCGACGUGAACUUGGCCGCGUUGGCGCGGGACACGGUCAACUUUAGCGGCAGCGACUUGAAGGAGCUGUGUCGUGCCGCGCUGAUGCUUCCGCUGCGAGAACACAUUGACGCGUUCCGAGCAGCGAAUGCUCCUGUCUCGCCGAAGGACGAAUCACCACCUGUUGUCCACACAGUGUCCAAGCGACCCGUGUGCGCCGCCGACUUUGCAGCGGCGCGCACGCGGGUGCAUGCGACAGGUGCCACUGCCUACGCUUACGCGAACGAACAUCAAUCCCACGAGCACAACCAAGCAUCUCAAGCAAUUACCCCCGAGAUGUUGGCGGCCAUGAUGACAAUCGGGAUGCAGCACUUUAUGCAACAGGCCACGGGGCCGCCGGCGACUCGCCGCCGUUGACGGCGGCGGGUGCAAUCCCGACCGGAUAUAGACAUGUCAAAACUAGUAUAUUGUAUGCUGCUUUCAAAUCGAAUUCAAUGACUUGACAA